AUUGCUUGUAUUUAUUUCCUGCUUGACGUUUCCAUUCGGAGCGAUGGCAAAAGUGAAAGCCACCUUGGUUUGUGCAGGGCUUUUUCUAUGUUCAACGGUGCUUGCAAUUGUCGAAGAACUCGAUGACACAUUCAAAGACACCAGAGUCGAUGAUGUCUGGCUGGUGGACUUUUAUGCACCGUGGUGUGGCUACUGUAAAAAACUGGAGCCUGUUUGGUAUGACGUCGGCGCCGAGUUGAAAAGUUCUGGAUCGCCGGUGCGGGUGGGCAAGAUGGACGGCACUGCAUACUCUGGCAUGUCCUCAGAAUUUGGAGUACGAGGAUACCCCACAAUCAAAUUGCUAAAGGGUGAUCUUGCCUAUAAUUACAAGGGGCCAAGGACAAAGGAUGACAUCGUAGAAUUCGCCAACAGGGUAGCAGGGCCAGCAGUCCGAGCACUUCCAAGCAAACAGAUGUUUGACCAUAUGAUGAAGAGACAUGACGUGCUCUUUGUAUACUUUGGUGGGGAGUCUCCACUCAAGGAGAAGUAUAUCGACAUGGCUGCUGAGCUGAUUGUGUAUACAUACUUCUUCUCUGCGUCGGAAGACGUCUUACCAGAGUCAGUGACUUUGCCAGAGCUUCCAUCGGUCGUAGUCUUCAAGGACGGGGCCUACUUUACCUAUGAUGAGUACGUGGACGGUGGCUUGUCUUCCUGGGUUAACAAAGAGCGAUUUCAGAGCUACCUGCAGAUCGAUGGCUUCACCCUGUAUGAACUGGGAGAGACAGGCAAAUUGGUGGCGAUUGCAGUCAUCGACGAGAAGGACCCGACAGAGGAGAGCGGCAGAUUAAAGACUCUGAUUCAGAGAGUGGCAAAGGAACACAGAGAGCAUUUUAACAGAGACUUCCAGUUUGGCCACAUGGAUGGAAACGACUACAUCAACAGCCUCAUUAUGGGCGAGGUGUCGGUGCCGUCCAUCAUCAUCCUCAACACGUCUAACGAGCAGUACUUCCUGCCCAGCGAGCCCGUGGAGACCCUGGAGCAGCUGGUCCACUUCAUCAACAGUGUUCUGGAUGGCUCCGCUCAGGCCCAGGGAGGAGACGGCAUGUUCCAGAGGGUCAAACGAGUGGCCUUCGACGCCAAGUCCACCAUUAUGUCGGUGUUCCGCAGCUCCCCAGUGCUGGGCUGUUUCCUGUUUGGUCUGCCGCUGGGCGUGAUCAGCUUGAUGUGCUACGGCAUCUGCACGGCCGAGUCGGACGACGGCCAGGAGGACAUGGAGCUCAUGAAGAGGGAGGACGACGAGGAGGAGGACGAAGAGGAGGACGAGCCUCGGCAGGCCACCGGAGAGCUGGAGGGCCCCGAGGAGGAGCAGGAGGAGAAGAACCCGGACGACAAGAAAGCAGAUUAAUGCCAAGGGUAGUGGAGGCGGAGGAACAGGCCUAGUGAUAUACAGCGACAUGGAACUCGGACACAUAUCAACCAUGUUUUUUUUAUUUUAUUUUUUAUCAUCCUUUCCCCUCCCACCGCCCUACCGGUAUCUUUCCGCAGACUGUUUUUUAUUGCUUUUGAAUCUUAUGUAUAAGUCAGUUAGGUCAGCAGCUAGGCAACGCACAAAAAAAAUUAUGUCCUUUAUUAAAUUAGCCUUUUUGAUAUGGAACUAUGAAGAUUAGUCAUUGAUAAGUAAGUGUUGCAGAGAAGAAAGGAAGGAAAUAAGCCAAGUUUUAGCAAAAUUAAUUAUCGUUCCUUAACCAACCAGGGGUCAUUCCAUACUUUGAAUCAGGUAGCAUUUGUGUUUAAAAAGGUGACCCAUUGGUAAUAUGGUGAAAAGGUGACCCAUUUUACAUUUUAGACAUUUAGCAGACGCUCUUAUCCAGAGCGACUUUCAGUUAGUGAGUGCAUACAUUUAUUU